AUGCCUCCUCUUAGAGGUUAUAUCACCUCUUACCCUCCGCGAAUCCGCCAAUAUGGAAACGCGCUGCUCACCCCCGUCAUUCCCCCCAGCCAGGUCGGCCCUACACCGCGAACUACGAAACGAGGAACCGUUGCGAUCAAUUACGCAGAAGAUGGGUUCGAUGAUGAUGACUUUGAUGAUAGCGAUGGUCCCCGACGCCCCACGGGGUUAAGGAGCCUUCGGCGAGAGGAAUCCACGUUCGACAAGGUCUCUUUGGCCGAGAAGCUGGGGAAAGAGAUACACGCCCCUGUGGAGGUACAAGGAGUGUUCCGUGACUGGAUGAUCAAGAGGAUGCUGCGACCAGCUUGUGCGGACCAACUACAAAUACAAGCGCAACUCCCUCUGACCCUCAUACCGAUUCGCAUCGACCUGGAAGUCCCGGCGCACCAGCCAUUGGAGCCAUUUCCUCUGCCGCGAACGGUGCUAGACCCCGCGAUCAACCCUACGCUCCCUGGGUACAAGAGACCGGACCCGUUGCCCGCCUAUCGAAUCAAAGACACCUUCCUGUGGAACCUGCACGAGGCGCUCUCGACCCCCGAAGAAUUCGCCAUUGGGUUCGUGCGCGACAUGGACCUACCCAACCCGCAAGCUAUGACCAUGGCUAUCAGCAACCAGAUCCGCCAGCAGUUGGAAGAGUACGCCGGAGUCGCGCUGCACCCACUGUUCCAGAGCACACCGCCAAAACCUACCCCAGGUCCGCAGAAUGGCAUCUCGCGAGAUGUGUCUGCGACCCCUGCCUCGACUCACGCGGCCGCUACCCCGGAUAGCAGGGUCCAGGCGGUCGCGGUCACCAAGGAGCCGUUGGUCAAUGACAGCAUCCUCAAUCCCGACGAUGCCUACCGGUGCAUGAUCAAUCUCAACAUCAACCUGCAGAACAAACUAUACACAGACAAGUUCGAGUGGUCCCUGUUACAUCCUCCGGGCAUGGCAGAGGAAUUCGCUCACAUCACCUGUGCUGACCUGGGCCUAAAUGGUGAAUGGGUUGGCGCUAUCGCACAUGGUAUCUACGAGGCCGUGCUGAAGUUGAAGAAGGAGGUCUGCGAAAGUGGUGGUCUCAUCAGCGGGAUGGGCGGUUAUGGGAACGAAAUCGAUAACCAGGCUGCCAACGGAGCUGAAGCAGGAUGGCGAUACGAUCCAGAGGGACUUGGUGAUGAGUGGGAGCCGAAGGUGGAAACGUUGUCCAAGGAAGAAAUUGAAAAGCGAGAAGGAGAUCGCGAACGACAGAUCCGGCGUCUCCGACGCGAAACAGCACGGUUCUCAUCCACUGCCGGAAUCACUCCUGAAGUAUCACGGCAAGGUAGUGGAUAUUUUGACGUGGAUAGCGAAACUCCGCUCGGUAGAGGCGAACGAAGCAAGCGGAAGCGGCGGUUCCGCAGCCUGAGUCCUCUGGGCAGAGGGGGUACCCCAGGUGGACGCGGCACCCCGGAUACCGGCUCGGGGGCUGGUUAUGGUGGAGGUGGUGGUACAUUGUCAGAAUGGGAGCGACAGAAUUGGAGAUGCAGCAACUGCAUGGUUUGGGGCACCGCAGUUUGGGCGGUACGGGAUGGUCCUUUUGGCCCGAAGACCCUCUGUCACAAUUGCGGUCUUCUCUACGAGCGAGACAAGGUCACUCCGGAAUGGUCAAGGGACCUCCACCGCCAUGAUAUCCCAAUUGGACGAACGUGA